AUGGCUCAGGAACGUGCUGCUCCCAUCCGUCUCGGCUCUACUGCCCCCAACUUCUACGCUGAGACCUCCAACGAACCCAUCUCCUUCCACGACUACAUUGGCAACAGCUGGGCCAUCCUUUUCUCUCACCCCGAUGACUUCACCCCCAUCUGCACCACUGAGCUGGGCGCUUUCGCCAAGCUUGAGCCCGAGUUCACUGCUCGUGGAGUGAAGCUGAUCGGUCUGAGCGCCAACGGCACCGACUCCCACAAGCUCUGGAUCAAGGAUAUCGAUGAGGUGACCGGCUCCAAGCUGACCUUCCCCAUCAUUGCCGACCCCGAGCGCAAGGUCGCCUAUGCCUAUGACAUGGUUGACUACCAGGACACCACCAACGUUGACUCCAAGGGUCUCGCUCUCACCAUCCGCUCUGUCUUCAUCAUUGACCCCAACAAGAAGAUCCGUCUGAUCAUGUCCUACCCUGCUUCUACCGGCCGUAACACCGCCGAGGUUCUCCGUGUUGUCGAUGCUCUUCAGACCACUGACAAGCACGGUGUCACCACCCCCAUUAACUGGCUCCCCGGUGAUGAUGUUGUCAUCCCCCCCCCUGUCUCCACGGAGGAUGCUCAGAAAAAGUUCGGUGAAAUCCGCCAGGUCAAGCCUUACCUGCGUUUCACCAACCUCAACAAGAAGGAGUAA